AAACUACGAUUACGAUUAGUUAGUGCACCGUUCUACAACUAAACUCAUCAGAAAGUCAUAAACCUACAAAGCGGUUUUCUUAAAUUUCAAUAAAAUGUGGGGCGGACGGUUUAAGAGUGCUACAAGCCCGGAACUGAAAGAAUUGAACGCUUCAAUUCACAUCGAUAAAAGAAUGUAUAAAGAAGAUAUAGUCGGAAGCCAAGCGUACGCUAAGUCAUUAGAACAAAUUCAUUUGUUAACAAAAGUGGAGUGUGCUGAGAUAUGUAAAGGAUUAGAACAAGUAAAACUAGAGUGGGAUAAUGGAAAGUUUGUAAUAAAAGAUGAUGAAGAUAUACAUAGUGCCAAUGAAAGACGAUUGAAAGAAAUUAUUGGUAAUGCCGCUCAUAAAUUGCAUGUUGGUAGAAGUCGCAACGAUCAAGUAACGACCGAUAUGAAACUAUGGUUGAAAAAAGCAAUUGCUGAGAUAGAAAACAAACUAAAAACCUUCAUCAAUGUUAUGGUCAAUCGUGCGAGAUUAGAUAUUGAUGUUUUAUUUCCGGGUUACACUCAUCUACAGAGAGCACAACCUGUUAGGUGGAGUCAUUGGCUCUUAAGUCACGCUUGGAACUUUAAGUCCGAUACGGAUAAAUUGCAACAGGUAUUAAAAUCUACUAACGUUAUGCCUUUGGGCAGUGGUGCUCUAGCAGGAAAUCCUUUCGAAAUAGACCGAUUUACAUUAGCUAAAAAUCUUGGCUUUGAUUCUAUGACUCCUAAUAGUAUGCAAGCAGUGGGUGAUCGUGAUUAUAUCGUUGAAUUUCUAUUCUGGGCGUCUUUAGUGGGGGUACACCUAACUCGUCUUGCUGAAGAUCUGAUUAUUUAUAGUUCUAAAGAGUUUGGUUUUGUUAAAAUUCAUGAUUCAUUUUCAACCGGAAGUAGUUUAAUGCCGCAGAAACGAAAUCCUGAUAGUUUGGAACUUGCGAGAGGGUUGGGGAGUGGAAUAUUUGGUCAGUGCUGCAGUUUUAUGAUGACUCUAUCCAGUUUACCUUCAACUUAUAACAAGGACUUACAAAGUGAUAAAGAACUGAUGUUCGGGGCGUAUGAUAAACUGAUGGGUAUAUUGGAAGUUGUCAUUGGAACAGUCGAGAGUGUGCAGAUAAACGAGUCGCGAUGUGUGGAAGCAUUAACAUUCGAUAUGUUAGCAACAGAUCUUGCAUAUUAUCUGGUACGCAAAUCGGUUCCAUUCAGAGAGGCGCAUCAUAUUGCUGGACAAGUAGUUGCAGCGGCUGAAAAUCGAUCUGUUGAAAUGUGCGAUUUAACUUUGGAGGAAUUGAAAGCGAUAAGCAUACAUUUCGAUUCGGACGUAGCCAGAGUGUGGAACUACGAAAACAGCGUGGAGCAAUAUCAAUCAUUCGGCGGGACAGCCAAAAACAGCGUCCUUGGACAAAUCCAUUUGUUGGACGCCUGGUUGGCUACAUCCAACGAAAUUCCUCAAUAACUCAAAUGUGUACAUGUACAUACAUACAAAACAAUAAAUACAAUUAUAGUUGAAUAAUC